AUGGCAGUUACACUAAUUGGUCAAGUUAGUGCAUUGUUGUACCGUAGUAGUAUACUACAACUAAGACAGAUUAAAACAAAUAUAUUUCAAAUUUUGUUACCUGUAUUAUGCAUGUUGGUAUUGAUUGUUAUGAAUUCAAUGUUGAAAAGUGCUCAAGAAAAUAAUAACAAUAAUAAUAAUAAUAAUAAUAAUGGUGGUAGUAGUAGUGAUAGUAAUGAUAAUAGUCAAUCAUCAUCAAAUCAAUAUCAAAUAUGGUUUAAUAAUCAAUACAAUAUUACUCAAAUCAUGCCCAACUAUUUAUGGUUUACUAAUCCAACAAACGGUCAACCGGUUUCCACAUUCACUAAUGACACACAGUACUAUCCAACCUCUGGACUACUCACUUAUUUCCCAUACCAGACUACCACACUCUAUGCCGACAAUGGUACUUAUAUCACUUGGAUGUUCCCAUUUUGGAAAGAGAUUGAUCCAUCGAACCAGGCAACCGUCGAUCAAGAUGUUGUAGCCCAAUUUGCAGCCAAUUGGGAUGUUGCCAAUGACCAGUAUCGUUACAAUCUCUCGAUUGCACCACCAGCUGCAACACUCUUGUUUGAUGCAUUUCAAAGUACUGCCACCAAUACUUCAUUGUCAUACACUCUUGAAAACUAUGCAGUCCCUCUUCAAGCGUCGAGAUACUACUCGCAAGUAUUCAUGUAUGGAGCCGACAACUCUUGGCAAUACAUCAACUAUGUUACCAAUGCCGUCUUGAAAAUGGUCGGUGGUUACGACUAUUUCAUCGAUACCUAUAACUCGGCUUUCCAAGUUCAAACCACCAUCAACAUUAUGAUUGUGGUCGAUUUGAUGUCUGCCUUUAUGAUUCCAAGUAUGUUUACCUUUAUCUUUCCAGUUUUCGUUCACAACUUGGUCUUUGAAAAGGAACAAAAACUCUUCCAAGUCAUGGCAAUGAUGGGUCUCAAAAAUUCAGUCUACACUUUUGCAAAUCAACUCUUUUACGUUUUCCUUUAUCUAAUCAUUAUGGCAAUCCUUUCAAUCAUGGGUUUUGCUUCUCAAAUUGAUUUCUUUGCUCAACAAGGAGGAAAAUUCUUAUUAUUAUCAUUCAUGUAUGGAUUAGCAUUAAUUUCAAUGGCAUUUUUAUUCUCUUCAUUCUUUUGGAAGGCAAAGACAUCAUCGAUUCUAUCAUAUCUAUUGGUCAUCAUUACACCAACCAUUGGUACUGUGAUUGAUAUUUUUGUGUUUUCAGGUAAACCAGCUCCCAUUCCAUUCCUCUUUUAUCCACCAUUUGCCUUUUGUCAUGGUCUUUCCCAAAUCUUCCUCUAUUUGAAUGGAAAUGGGUACUCAGAGUUUAACGAGGUUAUCAGUCUCUCUGAUCCAUCAUCUCAAUUUAGUCAAGUCAUUAUCGCUCUCUUUUUAGAAACUAUUAUCUUUUAUAUUUUGGGAAUUUAUUGUAAUAAUGUAAUUCCAAAACAAUUUGGUAAUGCAUAUUCUCCAUUCUAUCCAAUUCAUGAUUUGAGAGAUUGGAUCAAGGGUAGAAAUACUGGAUCAACUAGCCAUGAAGAAAAGACAUCUUUAAUUCAUAAAUCACAUAGUAUUAAUGUUCAUGAUAUUAUUGAAGAAGAUAAAGAUUGUAGAGUUGAAAGAGAAAAUGCAAAUUCUUCAAACAAUUAUCUCUUAAAGGCAAUUAAUGUAAAAAAGACUUACAAGACUGGUUCUGUCGUCAAAGAGGCACUUGUAAACUUUUGUCUAACAUCCAAGGAAGGUGAAAUUUUAGGACUUUUAGGUCCAAAUGGUGCUGGGAAAACUACUUUUAUUCAUAUCAUUGGUGGCAUGUACGCCCCAACAUCUGGUAAUAUCUAUAUUAAUGGUUACAAUAUUUUGGAUCAAAUGGAUACAAUUUAUCAAUUUUUAGGAUUUUGUCCACAACAUGAUAUUCUUUAUGAAGAUCUAACUAUUUAUCAACAUUUAAAAUUCUAUUCAAAGUUAAAGGGAUUAUAUAAUACUUCAUAUGAAAGAGAACAAAAUAUUGAUAAAAUUCUUUCCAAGGUUAAAUUGUUGGAUGAAAAGAAUAAGAGAAUUACACAACUAAGUGGUGGUAUGAAGAGACGUGUUAGUAUUUCCAUUUCCAUUCUUGGAGAUAACAAAUUGGUACUUUUAGAUGAGCCAACGACGGGUUUGGAUCCGGGCAGUAGACGAGACAUUUGGGAUAUUAUUGAAAGUAUUAAACAAGACAAGACUGUUCUUAUUACAACUCAUAACAUGGAAGAAGCAGAUGCAUUAUGCUCAAAGAUUGCUAUUGUCGCCAAUGGACAACUCCAAUGUGUUGGAUCGCCAAUCUACUUGAAAAAUCGUUAUGGCAAGGGUUUCAGAUUGGACAUUGUCCCCGAAUCUGAACAUUUCAAAGAUUCUCUUAUCCAAAUGGUCAACCAAACCUUCCCAGAUGCCACUCAAGAAGAAUCCAUGAACGAGACUCUCACGUUUCUCAUUCCAAGAGAAUGUGAUAUUUCCAUCAUUUUUGAUUUGAUUUCACAAAACAAACAAAAGUUGGGUAUCAGAGAAUGGGGUGUAAGUCAAUCAUCCCUAGAAGAAGUGUUUUUAACCUUGUCAGCUGCUCAAAAUGAAUAA